CAGAAGUUGAGACAAGAGAUUGAGUCCCAAAUCGGAGACCGAAUGCCAACACAUGAGGACAGGAAUCGAUGCCAUUAUGUCAUGGCUUUUAUCGCUGAGACACUGAGAUUCAGAAAUAUUAUACCCCAGGGUUUACCCCAUAAGGUUAUGGUUGAAAGUACUAUUGGCGAUUACACAAUACCUGAAAACGUGCAAAUUCUUGUAUAUCAGGGAAUCAUAUGUCGUAAUGACAAAGAUUGGCAAAAUGCAGAUAUGUUUAAACCCGAGAGGUUUUUGGACAGUGAGGGACAGUAUUUGGUGACCAAACCUAAAGCCUACAUCCCCUUCGGUGUGGGCCGUCGGGUCUGUUUGGGCGAGAAGUUAGCCAUCGCUGACCUGUUCCUGGUUUUGGUCCGAUUCCUUCAGUCCACACAAGACUAUGAGUUAGUCCUCGACAGCCAUAAUGGCAUUGAAGCCGAUCCUCGUAUAAGCGAUGCAUACAAUCCGUGCGAUUAUAAAAUUGCAUUAAAACGGAAAUAA